AUGACGUUUACGGAAGGCCCGACAGGUGUGCCGCCUGAGGGGAAUAACCGGCAACCCGAUGUAACUGAACAGCGACACGGUUGGCUCUCUAUAUCCGAUAAAUUGUGUUAUGGGUACGCAUGGGUUAAGAGGGCGAGGUCAUCGGUCUGCUUUACACCACUCAAUGUUCCUGGCUGUAUAGAUGGGUAUGGGCACAAGUUUGCCCUCCCACAUUCGCAGGCUGCUGAAAAACAGUGGGGGAGAGGUCUGUGCGUGAAUGGACCAGAAACACGGCGUCGCACUGACUCUGGAAGAUCUAUGUAA